AUGGCUCUCAAUAGUUCUACAGAGACUGGAUUGAACAACACAGGGAUGGACACUUUGUGGGUGCAGCACACUUUGCUUCCAAACCUGAUUCUUAGUGCUUGCUUCCUGACUGGCAUACCUGGGAAUAGCUUUGUGCUCUGGAUCAUCCUAACCAAGUUUCCCCAGAGAUCAUUCACCAUUGCACUCAUCCUGAACUUAGCCAUGGCUGACUUAAUGGCAUUGCUUACAGUGCCAUUUUGGAUUUAUGACUUUGCGACCAGCUGGAACUUCGGAGAGGCUUCUUGCAAGCUCCUUGUGUACUUUAACUAUUUAACUAUGUACGCCAGUAUCUUUUUAAUCACCCUGAUGAGCCUGCAUCGCUUUGCUGUGGUGGUUCUUCCAGUUGCUUCCAAAAGGUGGCAGAGACCGCAUGUGGUAUACAUAACUUUCGUGGGAGUUUGGUUGUUAGCAGUUGCCUUUGCGUCUCCAACUCUGAUAUUCACAUCAAGCCAGAAUGUGGAAGGCGAUUGCUCAGAUGACGUGUAUGGGGCCCAAUGGCAGCAGAUUGUGGAUAACGUGGUGGAGACUUUGUUCAGCUUUGUGAUCCCCUUUGCUGUGAUCGCCAUCUGCUAUUCCUGCGUGGCAAGGAAGGUUGGGACUCUGAAAUUCCAUCAGAAGAUGAAGACCAAGAAGCUGAUUCUUGCUGUGGUUGGGGGCUUCUUUGUGUGCUGGCUCCCUUACCACAUCUUCAGCCUCCUCACCGUCUGCGCACUGUUGCUGCAAAGCACCUUCCCAGGUGUGGCAAAAACUCUGGAUCAUGCCGACAAGGUUGUCUCAAACAUUCACUGGGCUGUAGCCUUUUUAAGCAGCACUGUCAACCCCAUCCUGUAUGCCUUUGCUGCACAGAGUUUCCGUGGGGAGCUACAGGGGACCGGUUUUGCCAAGUUAUUUUUCAAGCUGCAUGAAGACACUGAUGAAACAUCUGCUAACACUACAACCACCAAGAGGUAG